AUGAUAGUGUCCACAAGGAACCAGGGGCGUCGUAGGAAGGGAACUCCAGCUGCUAUCGUUGCUGCAACCGCAGAGGUGCGUGCGGUGCAGGUUCCUGGUGCUGAGCUAAACAAUGCUGAAGGUGGUGCGAUGUUGCCUCUAUGCCGAAGAUCCAAACGUCUACAAAGAAAGCCAUCUAUUGGCAGGGAAAGUGAAGAUGAUAAAUUUAUAUCAGAAUAUUUCAGUGCUGAGGUGACAAAAGACAAGAACACAAUGCAGGGUAGCUCUGGCAAUAAUGAUGACCAUAUUCCCAAUCGACGAAGAUCAAAGCGCCUUCGGCACAGAGUGGGAACUAGAAAUCAUUCAUCCGGUGACAAUGCUGACAGUGACAGUCUGGAUAAUCACAGGAAGCUAAUUCCACACAGGAUGUCAAAGCGCCUAAUAGAGAAACAGAAAGCUGAUCAUGUUUCAGAUGAGAGCUGCAGUGAAGCUUCUUUGUGUGAGUUGUCAGGGUCUUCAUCUUCAGGAUCAGAUGACGCAUUAUUGCAAAAUACUGUAAGACAUAGCAAAAGCGUUUCUGGUGGACCUAUAUGCUCAAUCUGUAAGAGUGGUACUGGCAGCUGCCUUUUAAUUCCAUGUGAGAACACUAGCUGUUCUCGUAGGUUCCACAACUUCUGCCUUGAUCCUCUGCAAGCUAGUAGAGGAACCUUUGAAUGCUCUUUCUGCAACAUCAGUCAAGCUUCAUUGGGCCAGCGGACAGACAUGUAUCCAGCUAAAAAGAUCCAAAGACUUGUAGGUCACAGAAGGGUAAUAACUAAGGAGUCCGAUUUUGAAUAUCAAUUCCUAGUGAAAUGGAAACUACUUUCUCAUCAUCAUGACAGCUGGGUUCCGCUUGAUUGGCUUCAAAUCUUUGAUCGUGUGCGAGUACAAAGCUAUAUGAAGAAUAUCAGCUUGCUGGAAGAGGUUUACACAGAGGAUGAAAGAAAACCUGAGUGGUUUGAAGUAGAUCGUGCCAUUGCAUGUCGGCAGAAGUAUGAUAUCGACGGUCCGUGUGAUAUUCUGGCUACUUUCCAGAAUAAUAAAGACUUUGACGGAUAUGAAUUCCUUGUAAAAUGGAACGAUCUUGAUUAUGGUGAAUGUACAUGGGAGCCCUAUUGUACUGAAGGUGUGCCAUCAGCUGUUUCUAUGCUUAUUGAAAGGCACCAAAAUACGUUGAAAAGAGUAGAUCGCGUCAGCGAAACCUGCAUGGAUGGGAAGAUACCUGAUAAGGUGCACAAUGGAGUUUUAUAUGGGUAUCAACUGCAAGGUUUACAAUGGAUAUUUCAAAAUUUCAUAACCAGGAGGAGCGUUAUUCUAGCUGAUGAAAUGGGUCUUGGCAAAACUGUUCAAGUUGUUUGCUUUCUCAGACAAAUAAUCAAGGGAAGUUUCACGACAUCUCCUUCAUUGGUUAUUGCUCCUAAGAGCAUCCUAUUGCAAUGGAAAAAGGAAUUUGGUCGCUGGGCAAGUGAUCUUAAUAUAGUUAUUUAUCAAGGAGAGAAGGACUCCAGAAAGUGCAUUCAAGCUCAUGAAAUGUACUCUUCUGAAGGGAAGACUUUAUUUGAUGCUCUUGUGACAAGUUACGAGUGUGUCCAACUUGAUAAAGCAGUCCUAAAGAAAAUUAAAUGGUCAACCAUUGUCAUUGAUGAGGCACAUAGACUGAAGAAUCUCUAUUGCAACCUUGCCUCGUGCCUGAAACGAUAUAGCUCCGAGUUCCGGCUGCUACUUACAGGAACGCCCUUGCAAAAUAGUAUCCUGGAAUUGUUUUCAUUGCUUCAUUAUAUUGAUCCAGAUGAGUUCUCUGACCCAAAGACCGAUGGGUUGUUCUUACCAAUUGAAUCUGGACUGGAUUUGACAAUGGAUGAAAAAGUUGCUCGCAUUCAUGAUAUUUUAAAGCCCAGGAUGUUGAGAAGAAUGAAAUCGGAUGUGCUAAAAGAUUCUAUGCCAAUGAAGAAGUGGGUAGAAGUUCCAUGUGCACUUACAGAUUCUCAAAGAGACCUUUACAUUAAUAUUUUAGAGAAGAACUACUCAAAGCUGAACAGGGAUAUUCAGUGUGGCAAAAAGAUAUCUCUGAACAGUUAUCUAUUUCCAGGACAGGAAGUUAACCAACUUGCAGGAGAAGAUGUUUUCCUGUCACUUGUUUCUGCAUCUGGUAAACUUCAACUCUUACAGAAGCUUCUUCCAAAGUUGAAAGAAAGGGGGAACCGUGUACUGAUUUUCUCCCAGAUGACCAAGAUGCUUGACAUUCUCGAGGACUUUCUUUUUUCCCUGGGAUACAAAUAUGCACGCAUUGAUGGACAGACAUCACUCUCUGCAAGGCAGGAGCGCGUAAAAGAAUACAACAAUGUUGAAAGUGAAACAUUUAUCUUCUUGAUGUCUACUCGUGCUGGUGGUCUAGGUAUUGACCUGCCUGGUGCAGAUCGAGUAAUUAUCUAUGAUCCUGACUUCAACCCAUUCAUGGACUUGCAAGCACAGUCCAGGGCUCACCGUAUUGGCCAGACCCGACCUGUGGUUGUGUACCAACUAAUCACAAAAUGUUCUGUUGAAGAGAAGAUACUACAAAAGUCUAAGAAGAAGCUGGCCAUUGAAAAUAUGUUAAUGAACUCUUCCAAAAAGCCAAGUGCAGAGGAGCUGAAGUCUGUUCUACUACAUGGAGCCAAGACAAUUCUGGAGAAGAAGAAGAUCAACGCUACAACAAUCCAUUAUGAUGAUGAGGCCAUUGAGAAUCUCCUCAAGUUAGACCCUUCUAGUGGGGAGAAGUGCUCUUCAGAUGACAACGGUUAUCUUGGGAGCAUCGUGAGCUUUGCUCAUGGCGACGAGGAGGAAGGACCUCUCUCCCCCAAGGCCGAGGAUCUCAAAGUUUUUAAGCCUGCUACUCCCAAGGUGGUUCUUGGCCGUGGGAGAAGGCAAAGGAAUGCUGUGAAAUACCAUGAAGAGUCUGAAAAUGAAGAGAGCGAUGAUAUGUAUGUACCAGAUGCUUCCUCGGAGUCCAGUAGCUCUUCAUCUGAUGAUGAAACAGAGCAAGAAGUUCCUGAAGUUGUGAGCUUGAAGCCGGAAGUUGCUCCUGUACCUGACAGCCAAUUGGCACCCUCCUCAGGCGGAGGAACGGAGAAUGUGAAGCUUGAGUAG